AUGUGGCAACUUAGGCUGAGCAUGAAGAAGGGGCAGGCUUUGGGUAACCAUGAGUUUGAUGAAGGUGUGAGUGGAUUAUUGGAUCCUCUUCUUAAAAAUGCAAAUUUUACAGUCCUGAGUGCAAAUAUUAAAGGGAAAACUCCAUUAGGAAAUGAAAUGAUGAAAUAUGUUCAUCCUUUUAAAAUAGUUCAUUUUGACUCAGAAUCAGUUGGAAUUGUUGGCUACACUACAAAGGAAACUUCUUUUCUUUCACAGCCAGGGGAUGAUGUAACUUUUGAAGAUGAAAUUGAAGCAUUGCAACUGCAAGUGAAUAAACUUACUGCUAUGGGAGUGAACAAAAUAAUUGCACUAGGACAUUCUGGUUUUACAGUGGACAAAAAUAUUGCUCAAAAAGUGAAAGGAGUGGAUGUUGUGAUUGGAGGACAUACAAACACAUUUCUCUAUACAGGCACCCCACCCUCCACUGAACAGCCAGAGGGCCCAUAUCCAUUCAUGGUUGACUCAGAUGAUGGGAGGAAGGUGCCAGUUGUACAAGCUUAUGCUUAUGGAAAAUAUCUUGGUUACUUAAAUGUUACAUUUGACAAGAAAGGAAAUGUAGUUGAAGCAGUUGGAAACCCCAUUCUGCUGGACAGCAGCUUUCCUGAAGAUGAGCGCAUUAAGGAAGAAGUGGAAAAAUGGAGAGAAAACCUGGGGAAUUAUUCUGAAGAGAUUGGAAAAACUAGUGUUUACCUGAAUGGUACAAGCCAAGCAUGCCGUUUCCACGAAUGUAACAUGGGAAAUUUGCUUUGUGAUGCUAUGCUUUAUGAGAAUGUCAGGCGUCCGGGUAAGAAGACAUGGAACCACGUUUCAAUGUGCAUCCUGAACGGAGGUGGGAUACGGUCACCCAUUGAUGAGCAGAGCACUAAUGGUAGCAUUACCAUGGAAGAUUUGCUGUCUGUUCUGCCAUUUGGAGGUCGCUUUGAUAUGGUGACAUUAAAAGGCUCCACACUGAAAGAAGCUUUUGAGCACAGCGUGAGGAGAUAUGGAGUAGGAAGUGGAGAGCUGCUGCAGGUUGGAGGCAUCCACGUGGUCUAUGAUCUCUCCAGAGCCCCAGGAAGCAGAGUUGUGAGCUUAGAAGUGCUUUGCACAGCGUGCCGAGUCCCAGCCUAUGUCCCACUCCAGAUGGAUGAAAUAUACAAUGUGACUCUGCCCUCCUACCUGUUAUUUGGAGGAGAUGACUACAGUAUGCUGAAAGACAAAAAUCUGGGAUACAGUAAAGGUGAACCUGACAUUGAGGUUGUUUCCCGCUACCUCCAGAGAAUGAAGAGAGUUUACCCAGCAGUUGAAGGUCGAAUAAAAUUUUCUUCUGGAAGUCUUAUUGAAGCAAGUCUCACCCUGAUCUCCAUGCUGUUCACUGUAACAUUCUUGCACACUUGAUUUUUUGUUUGGAGCAAUACAGGAGAAGAGAUGAUACCAAGGAAGCUGUAACAGACCUGUUCCCUUCUGUUGCACCUUAAAUGAAUGAGCAGUGAGGUUGCUGCAUGUCAGCAGUGAGCAGCCCCCUGCCUUGCCUUUAACCUGGUGGUGCCACUGGAGCACUGUGUGCAGAGCAAGGGGGCACAAUCCACACCUUUUCUUGGUCAGAAUCAGCAGGUACCUGAAACUGAGGUCUCAAAAGCAAAGUUCCAGUGAAUACUUACUUACUGCUCAAUCAUAAAACAGAGAGACUGAAAUGGGGUAUUAUAAAUUGUCAAAUUCUUUUAGCUGCUUUAGACAGUGAGUUAAGAACCCGAUUCCAGGCAUAAACAAGCUUCUAGAAAUGGAUUUAUUAUAGCUGUAUAUUCCUUUCUUUGAUCUCCACUCAGGGUCAAGGUAUUCAAUCUAGUAUCUACUUUGCUUCCAGUCAUAUUUAUCAUACCUACAUGAAUGCCUGAAAGAGCUGGAUUAAACUCUGUGCCAUUAAAAUCAGGAGGUCUACUUAAUAUGCAAUUUUUAAAAGUUUUUCUUUUACUACUGAGAAAGAAAUAUCCCACUUUUAUUUUCCAUUAAUAAAGGAUGAAAGCUUGACUUGAUUUUGA